UCCUCUCUGCUGCAAUCUGGGCGACGCCAUGGGCGAACAGGGAUGAUUCCCUGUAUUCUUCCAGGUUUGUCUGAUCAUUUUUAUAAGAGGCUGAAUCUGUCUCCAGAUUGCCAAAAAAAUAUGCUUUUUUGGCAAAAUUCACUUUUCAAUUGAACUUGUACACAAACAUUCUUGUCUAAACCAUUACUUUUCUUCUUGUUUAUUUCUAUUUCAGUAUGAAUCUCGAUGGUUGGGAUGGAAUGGUGUUUAAUGGAAUAGAUGCUGCUAUAAGUUGUCACUGAGACCCCUUCCUCAUAGUUGAAACCUGUAAGAGAUGGUCUCUUUAGCUUCAUCCGUAGAGAUGGAGGAAUAUGACACGGUUAGGAGUACCUGGUUGUACAUGGAAACAGAGGAUGUAUAUGGUAGUGAAGAACUGUCAGAUUUGGAGAAAGCAAUUGAAGCUGAUGCUGCGGAGUUGGUGCCUCAACUAGAAGAUGGGGGCGCUGAGACACAACAAUCUGCAACCUCUGAGCAUUUGCAUAGUGAUGAUGAGGGUAUAGAGGAUGCGAUUGAUUUUGGAGAAGAGAAUGACCAGCAGCCUAACAGUGGCAGUGCUUCUAAGGAUGCAAGCGAAGCAGGAACAACCUGUGGAAGCACUGAUGAAACAGAGAUAUUGCCUUAUGUUGGGAUGAAAUUUGUUGACUUAAAAGCAGCCUAUGCUUUCUACACUAAUUAUGCCAGGAUAAAAGGUUUUGGUGUUCGUAUAGAUCGGACACAUCUAUCAAGGAAAAGGGAGUCAGAUGGUUCAAGGCAGGUUCUGUCAAAGAGGUUUGUAUGUUAUAAAGAAGGUUUUCGAAAUGACAACGACAAGCGACAAAAGGGGAAAGAGGUGCGUCACCGGACAGAGGUUAGAGUUGGUUGUCCUGCAUUUAUCGUGGUUAAAUCAUCUUCUGAUGGUUGGGUAGUUGACAAAUUUGAAGCAAAUCACAAUCACCCAAUGGUUUUUCCAGGCCAAACAAUCAAACUCCUAUAUUUUGGAGAAGAGAAUGACCAGCAACCUAACAGUGACAGUGCUUCUAAGGAUGCAAGCGAAGCAGGAACAUCCAUUGGGAAGGUUGAUAUAAAAGAGAUAUUGCCGCAUAUAGGGAUGAAAUUUGUUGACCUUAAAGCAGCCUAUUCUUUUUAUAGUAAUUAUGCCCGGAUGAUAGGUUUUGGUGUUCGCAUAGAUCGGACAAACCUAUCAAGGAAAAGGGAGCCAGAUGGUUCAAGGCAGGUUCUAUCAAAGAGGUUUGUAUGUUAUAAAGAAGGUUUUCGAAAUGACAACCACAAGCGUUAUAGGGGAAAAGAGGUGCGUCACCGGGCAGAGGUUAGAAUUGGUUGUCCUGCGUUUAUCGUGGUUAAAGCAGCCGCUGAUGGUUGGGUAAUUGAUAAAUUUGAACCCAAUCAUAAUCACCCAAUGAUUUUUCCAGGCCAAACAUUUAGGCUCCGAUCACCCCAACAUUUGAUGGAUAAAAGUUAUAUUAGAAGAAAUGAAAGAAAGAUGAUUGCGGAGGAUUGCCAAGCUGUUUUAACAUAUUUUGACUCCAUGCAAGUCAGGGAUCCCGGAUUUAUUUAUUCCAUCAAAAUAUCUGAUGAUGGAAUGGUCAGUGGAAUUUUUUGGGCUGAUAGCAUAGCGAGGUCUGCUUAUGAAGUGUUUGGUGAUGUUGUGGUGUUUGACACAACAUACAAAACUAAUAGGUAUAAAUGGCCAUUUGGGCUGUUCACCGGGGUAAACCACAAUGCUCAAUCUGUUCUGUUUGGAUGUGGUUUGGUUGCCAAUGAAACAAAGGAGUCGUUUGAGUGGCUGUUCAAGGCGUGGAUGAAUGCAAUGGGAGACAAGACACCUAAGGCCAUUAUUACUGAUGAGUGCACCGGUAUUAUACCUGCAGUGGGCAGUGUUUUUCCCCAAACUGUACAUCGCCUUUGCUCAUGGAAUGUUUCGAAGCAUGCCCUAGAACACCUCGGUGCCCUAUGGUACCAACACCCUGAUUUUAAGAAGGAUUGGAAGGAAUGCAUUUAUCGUUCAUGGACAAAGGAAGAUUUUCUAGCUCGAUGGGAAGCGAUGAUGAUGAAAUAUAAUUUGAAAAACCACUCAUGGCUAAGUGAUAAGUUUGCACAAAAGGAGUAUUGGGUGCCUUGUUAUUUGCGAGGCUCAUUCUUUGCUGGAUUGAGCUCAACACGGCGAAGUGAGGGGAUGAACAGUUACUUUCAGGGGUAUUUCAAGGACACUAUGUCAUUGUGCAGAUUUGUCAAGCAAUAUGAAAGGGCUGUCACUAGGCGUAGAGAGAAGGAAGCUGAUGCAGAGUUCAAAACGUUUCCCCAAUUACCUCGAUUGUCAUCACAAAGUCCACUUGAAGAGCAUGCAGGAAAGGUGUACACAAAGAGGGUGUUCGAGAUUUUUAAGAAACAUUUCAAUGCAAGCCUUAGCUUAUCUGCCCAUGAGGAGUUGGCCAAAGGGCCAGUUCGGAAGUUUAAGGUGGGGCCUUUUAAGGUUCCAACUGAGCAGAGAUGCAUGGUGGAAUACAACUCCUUGGAGGAAGAGGUGCAUUGUAGUUGUCAUAUGUUUGAGUUCAUGGGGUUAGUGUGUAAGCAUAUGUUGAAGGUUCUGCAGAUGAUUGAUCGUGACAAUAUUCCCUCUAAAUACAUACUAUUUAGGUGGACGAAUGAAGCAAGGCCUGGGCUGCCAGUUGUUAAUAUUCCAGAUAUUGCCCCUACGACUAUAACAAGAAGUUCAGUAUCAGGCUUAUCACAUGCAAUCAGGAAUAUGAUGGCCAUGGCGUGCUCAUCCCCCGAAUGUUGUGAAGUUGCUACGGGAACAUUACAUGGGUUGAUUGAGAAGCUUGUCCCCAUGGUGCAAAAUGCUACCGGAGUUGGGGUCAGUGAUUCCACUAUAGGCACUCAAAAGUCCACUGUCGAAUCAUUGCCCGUAGCACAUGAGCAUUUGAAGACACUGCCUCCACCCGUGGAUCCUGGCCUGCCGAGUCAAGUCCAUCAGAAAAAUCCAAUGGAGCAAUCCAUAGAGAAGGGUAAGAGCAGGUGUAGUAUAUGUCGCGGCAUUGGGCAUAACAAGACAAAGUGUGAAGCAGUAAACAAAGAGACAGGUGAACCUGGGUUGAAGAGGGGUUUGGCCGUGGAUAAGGAGCCUUCUGAAACGUGUCAUUUAUUUAUUAGGUUUUUGAGAUAUGGUCUGAGAGGUAUGGGGCCUGCUGCCCUAUGAUUGGUGCAAUAAAAGGUACACUGGUCAGUUGAACUUUUAGGUGAAUCUCGAGAAAAAGUUUAAUUUACUAAACUACUGUCUCUCACUGACUGGACAGCUUUUAUCAAAUUUAAUCUAGGCCACCAGGGGCUCUUUAAUAUCUUUUGUGAAGAUGUAAUCUCAUUCUCUUUUACUCUGCUUUUCUCUUCUUGAAUCAUAACUUAACUAUAUGAAAUUGGACAGAAUAUCGAACAGAUCAUUUACUUGAGUAUAAUACUAAUUCAGUUUUAGUCAUGAGCUU